AACAGAUCUUGAAACAGCCGUGCACGUGAACAGUGCGCGCGCCCUGUGCUGCUCAAGUCCACGUUUGAGGAUGACGUCAGGAGACCCAGCGGUAAGAAAACGCAAGGACUUCACAAACAGACAGUAGGGUAUCAAUAUGAAGACCUGGGGGCUCUCUCGGUCCUGGAGAACAGUUUUUGUCAGUUUGGUCAUUUGCAGCAUUUGUUCUGUGAAUGGAGAUUACUGCAAGGUGAACCUGUGUCAUAAUGGAGGGACGUGUGUGACUGGCAUUGGAGAAGAUCCCUUCAUCUGCAUCUGUGCCGAAGGAUUUGCUGGAGAUACGUGCAAUGCCACUGAGAAGGGUCCUUGUAAUCCAAACCCAUGUAAAAACGAUGGCACAUGUGAGGUGAUCUCUAACGCCAGAAGAGGAGAUGUUUUUAACGAGUAUGUGUGCAAAUGCCAACCUGGGUUCGAAGGUGCACACUGCCACAUCAAUGUGAAUGACUGUGCAAACCAGCCUUGUAAGAAUGGAGGCCUGUGUCAUGAUCUGGAUGGAGACUACACCUGCCACUGCCCUUCUCCAUACAUUGGGAAGCAAUGCCAACUACGUUGUACAUCACUGUUGGGGAUGGAGGAAGGUGGAAUCAUAGAGUCCCAGAUCUCGGCUUCCUCUGUACACUCUGGCAUUCUAGGGCUGCAGCACUGGGGACCGGAGCUCGCACGCCUCAACAAUCAGGGCCUUGUCAAUGCCUGGAGCUCCGCACCACAAGACAAGAACCCCUGGAUUGAGGUUAACAUGCAGAAGAAGAUGCGCCUCACUGGAAUCAUAACACAAGGAGCCAGCCGCAUGGGGACAGCUGAGUUUGUUAAGGCUUUCAAGGUUGCAUCCAGCUUUGAUGGCAAAUCAUACACAGUGUACAGAGCAGAUGGCCAGAGAAGAGACAAAGUGUUUGUGGGAAAUACAGAUAAUGAUGGAGCUAAGACAAACAUGUUUGACACUCCCAUUGUGGCCCAGUAUAUUCGCAUCAUUCCUGUGGUGUGCCGUAAAGCAUGUACUCUCCGGAUGGAACUUGUUGGUUGUGAACUUAACGUGCACUCCAGCACAAUUGGUUGCGCUGAUCCACUGGGCAUGAAGUCCCGUCUCAUCUCUGAUGUGCAGCUUACAGCUUCUAGCAGCUUCUCCACAUGGGGUAUAGAUGCCUUUACCUGGUAUCCCUUCUAUGCUCGACUGGACAAACAAGGCAAGACUAACGCUUGGGCGGCAGCAAACAACAACCGCUCAGAGUGGCUCCAGCUGGAUUUGGAGAAACCUAAAAGAAUCACAGGCAUCAUAACUCAGGGAGCAAAAGACUUUGGAGUUGUGCAGUUUGUUUCAGCCUUCAAGAUUGCCUAUAGUGAUGACGGACAAUCUUGGAGCAUUGUGAAGGAUCAAAUAACGAGAACAGAUAAGAUUUUCCAAGGCAACAUAGACAACAACACACACAAAAAGAAUUUGUUUGAGCCUCCGUUCUUUGCUCGAUUUGUGCGGUUUCUGCCCUGGGAGUGGCAUGAGCGGAUAACUGUACGCAUGGAGCUGCUGGGCUGUGAUGAUUAGCAGACUCUGCCUCUCUCUGCACUGGUUUCACCUGAAGUUUUUCUGCUGGUUGUAGGUGAUGUUUCGUUUCAAUAUGCAUUAGCCUCAUCCGUAAUGCUUUGUAUUAUAUUUGAUCAGUGUCACUAUUUUGAUGUAGUUUGAAAAGCUCAAUUGAUCUCACCCAAAAGGAUACUUUGAAGAAUGUUGGAAACCAAACAGUUGAGAGUACCCAUUGACUUUCAUAGUAUUUGUUUCCAUACUAUGGAAGUCAAUGGCUACCAUCAACAGUUGGGUUACCAGCAUUCUUCUAAAUAUCUUCUUUUGUGUUCAACAGCUGAAAGACACUAAUAUCACUAAGUGUCAGAGAAUAUUACAAAAUCUAGAGAACGGUUAACCUGUAAGGAAAAAUUAGACUGAUUCUAGUUUGUUACUAAAUCUGCAAGUCUCUUAACCACUGACCAUUCUUUUAUUUCAAAAUGCAUCUCCUAAUCGACAACAAAAUAUACAAAAUCUUUUUCUGUUAUUCCUUGAUUCAAACUGUAUGCCUUCUAGCACAUGUACAGCACUGAUCUGUAAUGGAAAAAGGACAACUUUUCUUUUCUUUUUGGGGGUAAGAUCACAAGAGCUGUCUACAGUAUUUCUUUUUUUUUUUUAAUAAUCUUGAUAUAUGGGUCUGUCAGAAACUGUGCUGUAAAUUAGAAAUUGAAUGGAAUUGAAAACUAUUAUCCUUCAGGGAAUUUCUCGGUUCUCGAUAUAAAUGUUUCAAAUAAGCACGGUAGAGCUGCUCAAAUCAAUUGACCUGUUUGCACUGCAGUUGCUCUACACUUUAUAUAUUUUAUAACUCAAUUGUAUUUGUGUCAACCAAAUUUGAAUAGAAUUGUACAAUUGUGCAAAUAUUGAGUAUUUUUAUCUUUUGUAAAACACAUUGUCUUUAACAACAUUAAUAAACAUGUUAAAUAUU